ACUCAGGAGGGAGAGUGUCUUCUAAGACUGCAGAAGGCUGAUCUCACCAAGUUACCACUGACUGUUGUCUCUGUGAAGACUGAAGAUGAUGAAGAGAAACCACAAGUAGACAACUUCUUAGCUCCACUAUCAGAUAGUGAGGCUGAAGACGAGGUUGAAGUAACUAUGAGCAGCGAUACAGACUGUGAAGGUGAUAUGAGGACUCACACUGACAACAAACACUCUAAACGUUGUAAAAAGAAGAGAGGUAAAAAAAAAUAUAGCUGCUCAGUUUGUGCUAAAAGCUUUACUCGAGAGAGAGAUUUGACUCAACACACGAGAACACACACCGGAGAAAAACCAUUUGAUUGUUCGGUUUGUGGUAAAAGCUUUUCUCAAAAAAGCAAUUUGAAUCAACACAUGAGAACACACACAGGAGAAAAAACAUUCAAUUGUUCAGUUUGCGGUAAAGGCUUUUUUCGAAAAGACAAUUGGACUAAUCAUGUACGAACACACACGGGAGAAAAACCAUAUAGUUGUUCAGUUUGCGGCAAAAGCUAUUUUCAACAAGGCAAAUUGACUAUACACUUGAGAACACACACGGGAGUAAAAACAUUUAAUUGUUUAGUUUGUGGUAAAAGCUUUUAUCAUAAAAUCAAUUUGACGCUACACAUCAGAAUACACACAGGAGAAAAACCGUAUAGUUGUUCAGUUUGCAGUAAAAGCUUUACUCAAAAGGGCAAUUUGACUCAACACAUGAGCUCACACACAGGAGAAAAAACAUUUAGUUGUUCCGUUUGUGGUAAAAGCUUUUUUCUGAAAGGCAAUUUGACUCGACACAUAAGGACACACACGGGAGAAAAAAUAUUUAAUUGUUCAGUUUGUGGUAAAAACUUUUCUCUUAAGAGCAAUUUGACUCAACACAUGAAAACACACACAGGAGAAAAAACAUUUAGUUGUUCAGUCUGCAGUAAAGGAUUCUAUCAUAAUGUAGAUGCAGAAAGACACAUAAAAACACACAAAGGAGAAUAAUCUAACAAUUGUUCAGUUUGCAGCAAAAUAGUUUUUCCUAAACUGCUGUGUUGAAACUGCGUAACCAAGAUGGCGAGCAAAAAUUCUUUAUAUUUAUUGUUUUUAUUUACCUUUUAGCAGAGAAGGUGUGUGUGUAUUUUAAAGGGAUAUACAAUAUAUGAGUGUGAUGGAGUGGAUCUAUACACUCUUAAAAAUAAAUACUUUUCACUCAAUUUAAAAGCCAAAACAAAAUGACCACACAUCCUUUCUAACUCGCAAAGAGUAGUAGCACAAACGUAUGGAAGCACAUCAUUUGUAUGGGUUCAAUAUUGAUGAAAUAUAUUAGGAUGUUUAAAAUAACUUUUACCAAAAAUUCCCAUUGGGAACAAGUGCAUGUAUGCGACAUUUUCACUAUGCUUUAAUUUGACUUCUUGGUAGGAAUACUCCACAGUAUGUUCGAGUCCUCAAGCACACACUGAAAUCUUUAAAGAAACAUCAAAUAUUCUUCUGGCUUCUGAAAAGCCAUAUGUUUGAUGUGUACGUGUGUAAAUGUUUAUUUUAUUCCAUUUUACGGAAUUAUUUUGAUUUAUGUGACGUCACAUGGGUUCACUUCCUGUUGUAUGUAAACACGUGAAUGGAUCUUCAUAUUUACCUUUACUGUAUAGCAGUUGUGUUUUAAUAUCUUGCCUUAUUAUCUAAAUCAUGGGUGCAUUGCAUUAACUUGUGUGUACGAACAGAAGCCGCACAUAUCCCUGUGACUGGACCGGCACGUUGUUAGAAUGGAUGAAAAGCGGACGUUAAUGGCAGUGCCUUUAAGGCACGCCCCCAAGACUGUGGUCCGGGUGGACUACGGGAUAUAAUGACUGAUAAACACCUUUGUUCGAUAAUGAAGGUUGCCUCAGCUCAAAGCCUGAGCCCCGACAUUAAUGAACUAGCAUCCAAGAAAAGAUGGCAGGUAUCUGGCUUGGGCACAUCAGAUUAGAUCAGUGUGUUGAAAACUGAGCAGUUUAAAGUCCUGAAUGGUUGGUUUAUUCAUUAUUUUAUUUUAAAAUGUAUUAGCCUGUGGAAAAAGUUAAUGUUGAUAUUUACCUCCGAAGGCUGCAAAUAGAAAAGAGGCAUUCAAUUUUUAUUUAAAUUGUAUUUGAUAUGCCAUUGAUAUUUUUUUAUUAUUAUUUGAAACUGGAUUUUACAUGUCACUAUAAAGUUAUAUAAG